AUGUAUGGAAAACUAAAAGAAGCAAGUCCAAGCAGAAAUAAAAAUUUAAGACAAGAUGAAGCAGCUGUUAUAAAAGCUAUUCAGAAACAUAUUUUAACAGUUUUAGCCAAUGAAGAAAUCGCAGCAAAGCUAGAAAAUUUAGAAAUCAGACUAAAACUGCAUUUAGAAUUAAUUGAAAAGAAAAGGCUUGAGUCAUACCAAGAAAUGAGCAUCAAAAAAUUCCUUGAACUGAUUUCCCUUAACUGGCCUGAAACUCUAAAAUCCCAAAUAAAAGAUUGCCUUAGCCAAAAAAUCAAAGAAAUUAUUUUAAAAAAUAAAGCCAAAGAUAUCAAUGUAGCCAUAAUUGACUGUUUAAAUGCCCAGCAGUCUCACAUUUCAAGAAUUCGGACACAAUGCGAAAUCAUGAAUGAGAGAUGCAAAGCAAAUUGGCAAAAACGACUAAAAGAGCAGUCACCUAUAGUCCAGGCUAAAGCGAAAAUUAUGAAAAAUGUAAGCAAUAAGCAUGCCAAGAAGUCAAAUUCGGUUAAAAGAUUGAGAUUUGAGCUCCCUGAGCAGCUUGAAGACGUCAGAGAUAUAGAAAUCAAAUUGCAGGACUCGAUAAAGGAAAAUAAAAUUUUAAAAGAAAAAUUACUGGAAUUUCAGAGGAAAAAUAUAGAAAACGUACAGAUAGCUGAGGAUGAGUUUAAAAAACUGAAAAGUGAAUUAUUUUUAUCUAGAAAUAAGCAGAAAGAACUAGAAGAUAUAAUAGAUUUCCAACAGAGAGAAUUAGAAUUGAUAAAAGAAUCAAUAGAAGAUUCAAAAAUAGAAAAUAUGAGCUAUAAGACAAUAUGUGAAGAUUUAAACAAAAAAGCAGAAAAAUUCAGAAAUUUGAAGCUUUUGCACAGAUUUUUUAUGCUAUUCUCUUCUAGAUGCAGAUUUUUAAAAAAUGUGUCGAUAUUUAAAUCAUUUAUUGAGAUUAAAAGAGAAAAAGAAACAUGUAAAGUUGCCUUGUCUGGCUGAAAAUGGAUUCAUAAGUUUGAGAGAAUGCUGAGCUAUGGAAAACAAAAAAAAAGCAGAAAAAUUGUUAGGAAUUUAUUUAGAAACUGAAGGCGGUAUACCGAUAUAUCCUUGAUUAUUAAAGGAGCUGGUAUUAAGCGCAGCCAAGAUUUACAACAAAAAACUAUAAAUGCUUGAAAAAUAUAUUCUGAAAAAAGAUAUGUAUCAAAUGAAAAGAAAAUUAAAGCAGAGACUGCAAAUCAAUUUAGAUUAAAAUGGAAUUUAUUUGAAAAAUGGAAGAAAGCACAUGAUCAUGCAGAAUUUGAUAAAAAAUCUGAUAAGGUAGAUGAUAUAGAAAAAAUUUAUUGUAAUAAAUUAUGCAAAAAAUCACUGCUAGGGUUAAGAGUUUGAUAUUAUGAUAUAAGACUUCCAGAAAUCAUGCAGAAAAUGAAGACGAAUUCAUUUUAUGAGAGGAAUCUUAUAAAAAAGUCUUUUAAAGGGAUGAAAUUAUUAUGUUGGAAUAAAAGCCAUUAUAAUUCGAUAUUAUAUCAAAUGAAAGCAAAAAAUUCUUCAAAAAUUACUAACUCCCCCCCCCCCCCCCGUGAGCGAACAAAACCAUUAGAAAAAUCGCCAUUUUUUGACCAAAAACCCACCCUCCGUGAGUGAACAAAAAUUUUUUUAAUAGAAAAAAUUUUAAAUGGAAAAAAAUUUUGAUAUAUAAGUGAUAAUUAGUAUAAUGAAAUCUAGAGCUAAUUCUGUUUAAUUUUAAACAAAUUGCGUUUUAAAACAUAAAUUUUGCAAAUUAAAUUAAUAUUUGCUUCCCAAUUUUUGCAAAUUAGGAUUUUUUUAAAAUUUCGAAAAAAAUAUUUUUUAUAAAAUUUAUAUAUAAAUUUUUUUUUAAAAAAAAAAAUUAACCCCCCUCCGUGAGCGAACAAAAUUUUUUUGUUCGCUCACGGAGGGGGGGGGGGGGGGGGAGUAAAGUAUAUUUUAGUGCAUGAAAAAAGUCAAUAAAAGAAGAAAAGCUUACCUACCUCUUAAGAGUGAGCAAAACCAAUGGAAAAACCCUAUUUUGGGAAGAUCAACCUUUUUAAGAGUGAGCAAAAAUAUUUUUUUUAUAAAUAAAUUAUUAAAUUUUAAAUAGUUUACAUUCUUAAAUAUAAAUUUUAUAAAUUAAAUUAAUUUCUCUUUUUAAACUUUUACAAAACUUUAAAAAAAAUUAAGCCCCAUUUAAAAGCAAGCGCUCAUUCUUAAAAGGGAGUUAAGAAAAAUUUAUGAUUAUUAUUAAAGCAGCAUAUUCAAAAGAAAUUUUUAAACAAAUGAUUAUUUGAAUACUCAAAAAAACAAAAACUAAACUCACUAAAAAUUACUUCACAUCAACGCUACUCAAAUAGUAUAGCUCGAAGAUAUUUUAAUAUCUGGAGAACAUAUUUGCAAAAGCUGCAAACAAUAAGAAUCCUUAAUAAAUACAUCUUAAACAAAAAAAAUCGCAAUUUAAUGAGAACCGUCUUUUUUGAAUGAAUAAAGAAAAAAAUGAGUUCAUCACUCCAAGAUGUUUCUCGGCUUAAAAAAGAGCUUGAAGACUCAGCUUCAAUAAACCAAUCACAGCUGGAAUUAAAGACCUCUAAGUUUCUAAAAAAUAUCAAUGAAAAAGAUAAGCAUAUCCAGCUUAUCCAAGCACAAUUAUCCAAAAUGAAAGAAAAAUACCACUCAGAGUCAAAAGAGCUAUUUGAGCUAAAACUGAAAAUUAACGAACUAGAUAAAAGUUACCAAACGAAAAUCAAUGAAAUUGCAGUCGCCAAUGAAGAAAUAGUCAACAAUUUAGAAAAAAAAAUCCGAAAAUAUGAACUGCAAAUUAAGCAUCUGUCCUCACAAGUUGAAAAACUUGAAUAUGAAAACAGCUAUUGCAUAGGGCAGAAUAGGAACUUAAAAGAAGAAGUAAACAAGCUGAAAACUAUAAAAACUCAGCUAGAACUAGAAAUACAACUUUUGCAUCAAGAAAAUGAGUCAAAAAUAAUUCUUUCACCAAUCCGUGAAAGCUUUUCAAAAGGGUUUGAAACUGGUGGUUUUGAUUCAAAAUUCAUUCAAAGUCCAAAUAAUUCCAAUAUUAAACCCAGGCAAAUUUUUUCCCUGCCAGUCUCCUACACGUCUUCUCCGCAAGGCGAAAUAGAAGAAGAGCUGACAUUUCGGCCAGCUAGAAACAAAUCUUCAAUAGAAAAAGAGCUUGAAGAAAGAAUCCAAAGUUUAAAAUCACUAUAGCUUAUGCCUCCUUAUGGAUCAGGCCUGGAAACUGAUUAGUUUCUGGCUACUUUAGUCAUCCCAAGCCUACAGAUGAUAAAAUAAUUUUUUUCCUAUCCAUAUCCAAGCGUAAGCUAUAACCAGUGAGCGAAACCAUCAAAAAUCCAGUGUAACAUACCAAGAGCUUACCAACAGAAUCAUGAAUUUAGAAGAAAAAAUCAAUCUUUCCGCAGAAAAGCUUAAAGCAAAAAACACUCUUUUGCUAUAA